GGUUUAUAGAGCAGCAGACGGGGGGCCGUCCCUACAAAGAGGGAAUAGGGGAGGAGAGACGGCAAACCGGGAUAGAGAGAGAGAGAGAAAGAAAGAGAGAGAGAAAGGGGAUAAGGAGGGCUAGUGAGAGAGACUGAGAGAGAGAGAGAAAGAGAGAGCAAGAGUCCGUAUGGGACAGGCUUGAUGGAACUGCCUGCAGACACUGGAGAGCAGCCUUUUUUACCACUGCCGUCUAUCACAACUGCUACAGUGCAGCCGAUGUCUGCCUGAGGAUAGGACCAGCCUGAGUAGUACUGUGGAGUCUAGCAGCAAAGGAGUUUACUGACUGACAAAAGCAGGAGCAGAUAAGAGACAUCCCUGCAUCAUACUGUGUCUAGUCAUGGAUGACUCUAGAGACACUUCUAAGUAGAGGCUGCUCCUGCAUCAUGGUUCAGCAAAAAUACUCUACAGCAAUGGACAGAGAUUCAAGCCGAGAGGUGUUCGUGGAACUGGGAACCGAGGAUGCAGACGAGGUCUUUGGGCACAUCCCUUCCAGCAAGGAUCCCAACUGGUGCAAAACUCCCACUGGGCACAUCAAGAGACCCAUGAACGCAUUCAUGGUCUGGUCCCAAAUCGAGAGACGGAAGAUCAUGGAGCAGUGGCCUGACAUGCACAAUGCAGAGAUCUCUAAGCGCCUCGGAAAACGCUGGAAAUUACUUCCAGACUAUGAGAAGAUACCCUUCAUAAAGGAGGCGGAGAGGCUGCGUCUGAAGCACAUGGCUGACUACCCCGACUACAAGUAUCGUCCCAGGAAGAAGAGUAAGUGCUCCACGCCUGUCAAAGUUGGGGACAAGCUCCCACUGAAAGCCAACAAGUCCCAUUCAGGUCGAUCCUCCAGUUUCACCAGCAAAGGGCUCAAAGUCAAACCCAACUCCUCCAAACACAAAGUGAACUUCAAUGGCAAUAAACACAAGAGCUACAGCGAAAGCAUGAGUGAAGAUGACACAGUGGAUGUAAACCUGGCAAUUCCAGUGACCCUGCAAGACAGCCAGAAUCAGGCAAAUCUUGUUAUCCUCCACCAGCAAACUACCAUUCCCCUCAAGGACCAGCAGCCAAUUUCUCAACUCAGAGUCAAAGUGCCCUCCUCACUGUCCAGCAAUCUCCAGAGUCCCUCCUCUGACACUGGUUUUCAAGCACCUUUAGAGGCCAGGACGUCUGAGCUACGGGGGUCUAAUUCCGGAAGAUCCUCCACACCAACGUCCAUCAGCUCCUCCUCCUUCGUGUCGUCGACUUCUUCAGACGAGGAACUGGAUGAGGAAAUCUUGCAUAUCAUAUCCAACACAAACUUUGACAGCAUGCCUAUGGACUGCUCCACUCUGGACAAGGACUUUGAAGCAUUUCAUGCCAACUCAGGAUCCCACUUUGACUUUCCCGACUACUGCACCCCAGAGGUGAACGAGAUGAUCUCUGGGGACUUGCUUGUACCAAGUAUUUCUGACCUGGUGUUUACCUACUAGGGUUGAGUCCAAUGUGAUGUUUAUGGUUGGGCAGACAUGUCUGCCAAAGCCAGUGGUCUUGAACACGUUUAACAAGUCUAUGACCCUGACCUCGGACAAUUCCUCACUUCCUUUGUCCCCCCCAAUGUUUUGUUUCUCUAUGAAUUCCGUAAGUGCUAUUGCUUUUGUUUUCCAAGCAUGUCACAUCUUGUUGAGUUAGGAUAAGAACAGCAUGGGGCUCUGUAGAGUACUUAAGUGGAGUUAAAUAUUCAGACACUCAAGACCCAGUUUUUGACAAAAAGCAGAUAGACAUUCCGCAGACAACAUAACUUCAGGUCAAGAAAAGGUCAGGCAAAGGCAGCAAAGGUGUAUUUCUUCCUGGCAGGAGAUACCUGCCAAGAACUUCCAACAAGUCUGAAAUAUUCCAGGGUUUUGACAGUUUUCAGUUGAGAAAUAAAUAAAAAAAAAGCUGCAGGAGAGCAGCAUAGCCAUUAUAGUGCCAGUCAUGCAUCAGUAUUUAUAUUUCUAAACCACAGAGCACCGCAAAUGUCAUGCCUGCCUGCUGCCUGUUCAUAGCGGCAUUACUGUCCUGUUACACUGAGAUAUCGUUCCACAAACUGAUUCAUAUUAAUCCACUGAUUCCACUUCUACUGGAAGACUCUAUAUAUCUACCACUCUACCUUUUUGCACAAGAAAUUUCACAGAGUAGACUUGUACUGAGACCAUGUCUACUAUUACAUUAGUGUUGUGCACUGGCGGCAUUAGCAAUCUGAAUGGAUAGAGAUAAAAAGCUGGGUUGAGAAGUCUGUUGAAGUCUGAAUCGGUUUGCGUGAAAGCUAAUUAAAAUCUGCAGCACUUGACAGGCGUACAGUAUGGAGGAGCGUCAGAAAACCGCCAGACUAAAUCACUGCUGAGAAGUGUCGGGCGGCUGGCACGGAAUUGAUCUCCUGCUCUUUAAUUAGGUAACAGCAAUUUCAUCACCUCACUAAUGCCGCAAGACGUGAGAUGCAGGCAUGACUGAAAGGCAGCCCGGCGCUGCGCUGCACUGUACUGUCUGUGAGCUUCUUUUUGUGCCUGCUCUCAGGCGGGACGGGCUGCGGGUGAAGGGGGCUAGGGGUU